CAUGGAACAGAGAGCGGAGAUGAAGCACGCCUUGCAGAUGGGCUGAGACAGCCCUGGGAUCCUGGCAGGCAGUUCCUUCACUGCAUUCUCUGAGCACUUCACAGUAUUACCAAGUCUCUCACAGCAAUGGAUUGUUUGUGAAGUCAAAACCAGUCUGGCUGUUUUAGAAGAUUUUGCAUCAUUAAUUUAAACUAUCGAUGUGGAGUAAACAUGGCCGCCUAGACCAAAAUGUGUAAGACAGAAAAAUUUUGGAGAAGAAAGUAUUGAAUCAGUUGAGCAAAGCUUCGAAGCAUAAAAAUCUGUGGAAAUCAUUGAGCCCUGAGAAGUCUAAUCAUGAAUUCUGGAGUUGCUAUGAAAUAUGGAAAUGACUCUCCUGCAGAGCUGAGUGAGCUUCAUUUAGCAGCCCUGGCUUCAUUAAAGGGAGAUAUAGUGGCGCUUAAUAAACGCCUUCAACAAACAGAAAGGGAGCGUGACCUGUUGGAAAAGAAAUUAGCCAAAGCACAGUGUGAACAAUCCCACCUAAUGAGAGAGCAUGAAGAUGUGCAGGAGCAAACAACACUACGCUACGAGGAACGAAUCACAGAGCUACACAGUAUCAUUGCCGAAUUAAAUAAGAAAAUUGAUCAACUACAAGGAACAACAAUAAGGGAGGAAGAUGAGUAUUCAGAGCUGCGGUCAGAGCUCAGCCAAAGCCAACAUGAGGUUAAUGAAGACUCACACAGCAUGGACCAGACUUCUGUUUCAGUACCAGAGAAUCAUUCCACCACGGUCACUGCAGAUGUGGAUAACUGUAGUGACUUGAAUUCAGAACUGCAGAGAGUGCUGACAGGUCUGGAGAAUGUUGUCUGCGGAAGGAAGAAAAGCAGCUGCAGCUUAUCAGUAGCAGAAGUGGACAGACAUAUUGAACAACUCACUACCGCCAGUGAACAUUGUGAUUUAGCCAUUAAGACUGUAGAAGAGAUUGAGGGUGUACUGGGACGUGACCUUUAUCCAAAUCUAUCUGAAGAGAGAUCUCGAUGGGAAAAAGAGCUAGCUGGGUUGCGGGAAGAAAAUGAGAGCCUCACGGCCAUGCUAUGUAGCAAGGAGGAGGAGCUGAACAGGACCAAGGCCACCACAAAUGCUAUUCGUGAAGAAAGAGACAGACUGCGUAGAAGGGUUCGGGAACUGCAAACACGUUUGCAAAGUGUGCAGGCAACAGGCCCAUCCAGCCCAAGUCGUCUCACUUCUGCCAGUCGACCCAUUAACCCCAGCACAGGAGAGCUGAGCACAAGCAGCAGUAGCAAUGACAUUCCCAUAGCUAAGAUUGCUGAAAGAGUGAAGUUAUCAAAGACAAGAUCAGAGUCUUCAUCGUCUGAUAGACCCGUCUUAGGAUCAGAAAUCAGCAGCAUAGGGGUGUCUAGUACUGUGGCUGAACAUUUGGCACAUUCCCUGCAAGACUGCUCAAAUAUCCAGGAAAUCUUCCAAACUCUGUAUUCACAUGGAUCUGCCAUCUCUGAAAGUAAAAUCCGAGAGUUUGAAGUGGAGACAGAGAGACUGAAUAGCCGAAUCGAGCACCUGAAAUCCCAGAAUGACUUGUUGACAAUAACACUGGAAGAGUGCAAGAGCAAUGCUGAGAGGAUGAGCAUGCUUGUUGGGAAGUACGAGUCCAAUGCCACAGCCCUCAGGCUUGCACUGCAAUACAGUGAACAGUGCAUAGAAGCAUAUGAGCUGCUGUUGGCAUUGGCAGAAAGUGAGCAGAGUCUCAUUCUUGGACAGUUCCGAGCUGCAGGUGUUGGUUCUGUUGGGGACCAGACAGGUGAGGAAAACAUCACGCAGAUGCUUAAGAGAGCUCAUGACUGCAGGAAGACAGCUGAGAAUGCAGCAAAAGCCUUGCUGAUGAAACUAGAUGGCAGCUGCGGGGGAGCCUAUGCAAUCACUGGCUGUAGUGUGCAGCCCUGGGAAAGCCUGUCAUCCAACAGCCACACAAGUACUACCAGCUCAACUGCAAGCAGCUGUGAUACAGAAUUUACAAAAGAGGAUGAGCAGCGGCUGAAGGAUUACAUCCAGCAGUUGAAAAAUGACAGGGCAGCAGUGAAACUGACAAUGCUGGAGCUGGAAAGCAUCCACAUUGAUCCCCUUAGUUACGAUGUUAAACCUCGUGGAGACAGCCAGAGGCUAGAUCUGGAAAAUGCGGUCUUGAUGCAAGAACUUAUGGCAAUGAAGGAGGAGAUGGCAGAGCUCAAGGCACAGCUAUACCUGCUAGAGAAAGAGAAGAAGGCAUUGGAAUUGAAACUGAAUACUAGAGAGGCCCAGGAGCAGGCCUACCUCAUCCAUAUUGAGCACUUGAAAUCUGAAGUGGAAGAACAAAAAGAGCAGAGAAUGAGGUCUCUCAGCUCAGCCAGCAGUGGAAGCAGAGACAAACUGGGCAAGGAAUGCAGUGAUGGCACAGCAACACCAUUAACAUUAGCUGAGCCGAGACCAUACAACGAGGGUGAACUGACCGCUGAACUGACAAACGCACUCAGGCGGGAGAAGAAACUGAAAGCUAGAGUGCAAGAGUUGGUGAGUGCUUUGGAGAGGCUCACAAAAAGCAGUGAAAUCAGACAUCAGCAGUCUGCAGAAUUUGUUAAUGAUCUUAAAAGGGCAAACAGCAACUUGGUAGCAGCUUACGAAAAAGCAAAGAAAAAGCAUCAAAAUAAGCUGAAGAAACUGGAAUCACAAAUGAUGGCCAUGGUGGAGAGACAUGAAACACAAGUAAGGAUGCUCAAACAAAGAAUAGCUUUACUGGAAGAGGAGAACUCUAGACCACACACCAAUGAAACUUCACUUUAAAUGCAUCUCUUUCAAAGAUGCAUAGUGCCAUUACAAAUUUCUCUUGUGAAGGCUUUUAGGUAACUUUGUACACUAAAAUCUCUGUCAAUGCUGACACACUUUAAGCACCUUCUCUGGGAUCCCAGAGAUAUGCCAUGGGGAUAUUGUCUUAAGGAUUGGUUCAUAAUGUAAAAUGGCAGUGCCUGAAUCAUCAUAAUUGUGUACAUUGUCUGUGUCAUUAUUAUCUAUAUGCAUACAGCUUUGCAUCCACUUUGUACCACGGAUAAGUGUCAUAUAGGAAAAUAAUUCCUACUAACAGUUUUUAAUUUGGGGAUAAUUUGUGGGUUUUCCCAAUGCAUGAGCUCCCUCUGCACACAACUGUAUUGUUCCCCUCCAGACUUGCUGCUGUGGUUAAAUUGACUAGUCAGCUACAGUGGGGAAGAGGUAACAGGCUGUCUUGCUUUUUUGUACCAUGCUUACAGUAGUGUCACUCACAGGGCAGUUCAGGUAGGAAAACUCUUGAUUUGGAAAGAAACGUGGAAAACCUGUUUGGAUCUCUGAGAACUACAAAAAUGGUGUAUUUCUUACAGCUUGUAAGAGGACCAGUGUUUGUUUCACCAUGUUAGAUAGUCUGACCUCCUCGUAUUUUUAUUGCAUGGUGUUGCUUUUUAUACUUGUUUUGACAAAAAAAAUUACUAGGAAUGUACCUGUUUAAUAUUGAAUACAUAGGCACAAAACUAUAAAUGUGUAGGUGUAUGGAUAUAGAGCUGCAAACAGAAUGUGGUUGAGUUUUCCUACAGCUUCUUAGGUUAGUUUUUGUUACUCCUAACAUUCUCCUGUUGCAGUCAUGUUACUGACUGCAUUGACAAUUAUGAUCUAUUACAGUAAAAAACAUAAGCAAAGCAUAGUGAUCAGGUUCAUUUCACUAGGGAGCAAAACACAGGACUCUGCUAUUGCACCAGUUUCUGUCAGUUUGCUUCCUCAAGUACACAGAACAUCAUCCUAUGUUUGUUUUAGCACACCAAACAAGUCCAUUAGCAUUGUUAACCUGUUACCAUGUUAAUACCUCUGCUUUGUAUUCUUCAGGCUGUUUUCAAGUGAAUCUCAUUUCAGUUGUUUAUCCUUUUUACUUUAUGUGUUGAAUUGCACCUCAAGCUUUAUUAGUGUUUUUAGAAUUUUAACUUCUCUCAUUUAUUCCUCCUGUUUCUAGUACUUAGGAAAUACUUUUAGAGGACUUUAUCUAUUUUUGUCUACUCUUAGCUUGAGCCAGGCAGCUGAAUAUGGCAUUAUUGUCAAGUCUUGGUCUGAAACUAUAGCAGUUGGUGUUCAUGACAUCUGUUAUUACUGUAGCCGCUGUUCUAUCAGACUCUACAAGUUUGAUACAUCAGCUACGAAGC